CACUGAGCAGCCAUACACAAAUACAUUAGCGUAUAGCUAGUUACGUUCAUUCCCACUGUCAUCCAUUUUGACAUGAAGAUGGUUGGAAGCUGGUUGUUUCUCCUCAUCUCUCUCCAAGGAUAUGAGGCUCCCUCCACCCCCAAUGUAAACUGCCUGAUCAUUAAUCUGGAUUAUGUCAACUGCAUCUGGAGUGAACAGAGGAUCCCAGAGGUCAACUUCACCUUUUUCAGCAACAGGUUCAUCAAAGAUAAUAUGGAGGAGUGCACAACAUAUCUACAGGAGAAGAGUUAUUCUGUGGGAUGUAGACUGUCCUAUGACAAUUCUGACAGGUUUAGAACACUGACAACCAAGCUGGUCCAUCAGAACAACAGUUAUGUGCAGACCCAUAACCUGAAAAGCAUGGUGAAGCUUUACCCUCCUGUUAACCUGUCAGUUGAGAUGAACAAAGACCCAGAGCUGAAUCUGUACUGGAACAACAGCAAGAACACCUACUGCAUUGAGAGUGAAGUUCGCUACAGAAUAAACAGCGAGAAGUGGAAGACAUCUACUCCAAGCAAGGAACAGAAGUAUGCUGUGGCUUUUCCGUUAAAGAGCAGUCGUUAUGAGUUUCAAGUGAGAGCACGAGUAAACGACAUCUGUGGCGAGUCCAAGUUCUGGAGUGAAUGGAGUCAGCCCAUUCAAUGGGAUUCCAUGAAGGGAAAUAACUUCACAGACAUAUCUGGCAGCUCAAUGUCUGUGUGGAAGCCAGUACUGUCAUUAGUGGGUACCAUGACACUCUUCAUAUUGGCCUGCAUGCUGGUCUACAGGGAAAGAGAACGACUGAGAUUCAUCCUCAUUCCCAUUGUGCCUAAUCCAGGCAAGAACCUAGAUGAGAAUGUAGAGGCCUGGCUUCCCAUCUCCAAGGACAUUUGCUUCCAGCCUAACUUCACUGAGUUUGCCUGUCCUGUUCGUGAGUACAGUCUGGUUCCCCAAACUGGCAGCGUCAGCGAAUCUGAGAGCAACUUCUCCAUCCUAACAGACCAGUCAGAUUGCCUGUCCACGUGUUCCUCCUCAGCUUCCACUUUUCCUGUCACAAGUGAAAAUGAACAAGCUGGUAUUGAGUGAGACUUACAAAGGCUGCAUUCUAAUUACCCUUCUCCCCUAGGUGUGCACUUCCUUGAUCCCCCUCAUUGAUAAUACGUAUUAGAUUGGUGUAUGCAUGGGCUAAAGGGAGUUUCUAUCAGAUUUCUUUUUAGAAUUUUAACAUAUGAACAUCCUUAAUAUUACGGUAAUAAAUCCAAGCAUUUUUGUUUGAUGUUCAA